AUGAGUGUCAACAUGCUGCGUUUCUCCUCUCUACCGCUCCGUAAUGCUCGUCAAGGCCCUGCGGGGAUGGUGGCAUAUAGGUCCUUCACUUUGCUCUCAAACUCCGUGUCGUCAUCACAGCCAUCACAUGAACGAUUCCAACUUUCACAAAGAAGAUCCUUUAAUUCAAUUCCAGGCCCUGGGGGAAAUUCACUGUUUGGAAGCCCUGGGCCAGAUAGAGGCGGAUCUCCAAGCUACUUCAGAAAGGAAAGAUUACCGGCCAAUACAAUUAUCAAAUUCGUUCCGCAGCAAACAGCAUGGGUUGUCGAGAGAAUGGGAAGAUUCCAUAGGAUUCUCGAGCCAGGUCUAGCUAUCCUGCUCCCUAUUGUCGACAAAAUCCAAUACGUCAAGUCCUUGAAGGAAGUCGCUAUUGAAAUCCCUAGCCAGAGCGCAAUCACCGCCGAUAAUGUUACUUUAGAUCUAGAUGGUGUCCUUUAUAUUCGGGUGUUUGAUGCCUACAAGGCUAGUUAUGGAGUUGAGGAUGCUGAAUAUGCAAUCUCUCAAUUGGCACAAACCACUAUGCGCUCUGAAAUCGGACAACUGACACUUGACCAAGUCCUUAAAGAACGAGCGGCACUGAACAUCAACAUUACCCAGGCCCUCAAUGAACCUGCCGCUGACUGGGGUGUAAAGUGCCUCCGUUACGAAAUUAGGGAUAUCCACGCCCCCGAUCAAGUCUUAGAAGCAAUGAACCGCCAGGUCUCCGCUGAGCGCUCUAAACGUGCGGAGAUUCUCGAAUCUGAGGGUCAAAGGCAGAGUGCGAUCAAUAUUGCAGAGGGUAAAAAACAGUCUGUCAUCUUAGCCUCUGAAGCGAAAAAGGCAGAGCAGAUCAACUGGGCUGCCGGAGAAGCACAGGCCAUCCUUGUCAAGGCUGAGGCAACUGCUAGAGGUCUCGAAGCUGUUGCUCAAACAAUCCGUGAAAAUGGAGAUUCUGCACAGAAUGCGGUCAGCCUGACGGUGGCGGACAAGUACGUUGAAGCAUUUGGAAAGCUUGCGAAAGAGAGCAACACUAUCGUCAUCCCAGCUCAGCUUGGUGACAUCGGCGGAAUGAUUGCUGGUGCAAUGGGAAUUUACGGAAAGGUGGCAGAGACACAAGCGAGACAGGCACGAGGACUAGCAAUAGAAGCUGCCGAGGACCAGGACAGGCAAGAGAGGGAGGAGGCAAAGUUUGAAAAGAAGGAGAAGAAGAAGCACUCAAAGGUCCCGGUCUCAUUCGGGGAUUAUGAAAAGUAA